UAUUCAAAGUUGCAGCAACGUUCUCUCUCCUCUGCGGCGAAGCGGCUUCCACCUCAAGCUCUUCUGUUUUGAAACUUCAUCAAAGUGAAGCGUCUCCAUGUUUCCUCACGACUGAGGCGGGCUCUCGGUGUCAGAAUGGAGGGCAACGUCAUUGGACCGGGUCCGUACCGGGCCACGAAGCUGUGGAAUGAAACCAUUAAGCUCUUCCGUGGGGGCAUGCCGCUCAGAAGGCACUGGGCAAACUUCCGCUACUAUGACUGCAGUUUCACAGGAUCCGAGGCUGUUGAUUACUUGCACGAGCUACUGAGGUGCAACUACAACUUUGGGCCUGAGGUGACUCGCUACCAGACGCUGCAGCUGCUCAGGAAGUUCUUCAAGGCCCAUGUCAUUGAAGAUAUCAAAGGACGUCACGGGACAGAGGACUUCGAGGACAACAGCCAUCUGUACAGGUUCCCCAUGCUGUCUCCUCUGAAAUCUUUUCCAACAAGGCCUCUGUUGAGAGACAGCUGUGACCUGCCCAGACUCAUCCGCUGGGAUGACUAUGAAGAAUUGCCUCAGCGGGAAAACGUUGCACCCCUGAAGUCUGCUGUCAUGACUUCAGAUUUGUGGAAUAAAAGACACAGUGUAGCGAUUGGAGACGUUCACGAAUGCAAGCUCAUACGGAGGAAGGAGAUUACUUCAAAACAAGUGGACCACAUUUGGAAAUCAAUGACAGUUGCACAUUUACAGAGAGUGCUGGGCCUGCAGUCAUUGGAUGGCGUGUUAAACCCCACGCAUGUGAACAGCAAACACAUUGUUCACAACGUGUUCAGUGUUAAUAAGACCGGUAUAGUCAUUCUGGAGAACAAAGCUGAGGAUAUGCCCUAUUGGGUGGUAUCCGCAAUGAAAUGCCUCGCCAACUGGCCUAAUGGCAAUGAAACCAAACAGCCAGUGUACCCAGGUUUCGAGAGAGAUGUUCUGAGAACAGUAGCAGAUUAUUUUCAGAGACUCAGAGAACCCCUGCUGACUUUUCAUCUAUAUGAAGUCUUUGUCAACAUUCUUAGUCUGCUGCAGGAGGAGGAGGAAGCCACUGAGGCGCUUCAAGUCAGCGGUCUCUUACUCCCGCCGCCCAACCGAAGACGCCUCCAGCUGUUACUGCGUCUCAUGGCGCGGGUCUGCCAGAAUCCCCACCUGCCUCCACUCAAUGACACUAUUACUACCCGCACACUGAUGCUGCAGAUGUUCUCUCACUGCGUUCUGGGCUCAGUAGAUGAGAUGGACUUGGACGAGCUGCUGGCCACUAAACUGGUAACCUUCAUGAUGGAGCACCACAACACCAUCUUCCAAGUGCCCUCCAAGCUGCGAGGCCAGGUUGAGGAGCAUAUGUCCCAUCUCAAAAGAGUUCAGAUCAAAUAUGCAGGUUCAGAUACAGACUUUAGUCUAUCUCCAGCCUUUUGUAAACAGAUCCGCAGGGUGGAGUCUGAGGAGCAGAAGGUGAUCGGUACCCAGACCCCCCUGCAGCAGCUUCUGGAGGGUCUGAUAGCAGACAAAGAACUCCCUGCCAAGGACAAAAGAAAAAGGCUGAAACAGUUCCAGAGGUCGUACCCGGAAGUCUACCGCAAUCGAUUUCCCACAGAGGAAAGCAAAGCUGCUGUCAUACCGGUGAAAACCCCUCGACUCAAACCUCAUCUCAUGUUCCUCAAGAAACCUUUCGAGCCUUUUCAGAGGAGCUGGAGUUUCAGAGCAUGAUUUGCCACCACUGACAUAUCUACACUUCCGGCUGUUUAUACAUCUCAACCUGUGGCUGACAUGGCGCUCUGGCCACAGGUUUGGUACUUCUGAUUAACCACUACGAUUUGUAUUCAAAAUAAUGAAUUUGACCUUGUAGCACUACUGAACUUAAGACAUUAAAGGUUCAGUUCACUCAAAUUUCAAAAUAGUUUUGAGAUUUCCCACAGAUUUCUAGUCAUGCACAUUGUGUUGUUGCUGUGGAAACAGUUGCAACUAUUUUCUAACUUUUAACAAAUAGUGCAUACAGUUAAUGUGGAGGGGUGAACUGACCAUUUAAGGGCAUCUCUAUGUUUUUACUUAUUAUUGCCAGAACACUUGAAUAGAAUACAAAAUAUCGGAAACAUUCACUUACUGUAAAAGAACCACUGAUGUUUCUUAAAAUGCCUGUUUUGUAGUUUUUGUAAAAUUGUGUAUGGGUAAAUGUUUCUACUUAUAUGAUACUAUAUUUUACAAAAGCAUAAUAUACUAUUGAGUGGCUUUGAAACCUCAACACACUGCAGUCAAAUGAAAUGCAUGCAAAAUAGACAAAACACGAGAAAAUUACAUAAAAACAUAUGUACCAAUAUCAUACCAAUAUGACAAUGCCUGGCAUAGUGGCCUUGUCAUGAAAACAUACACAGUGAAAGAGGUGAGGUAAUGCUGACUCUUGCCUGCCUGCCCAAGACAGUCAAACUCUUAUGGAUGUUUCAACUGGACACUGACAGGCGAAUCUGUGACAGGAAAAAUAUAAAAUAUAGUGUGUAUAUAUAGUAGCCUAUAUACACAACAUGCAUGCAGGGUAUGUAUCGUCCCGCUAAUCUUUUUCAUUUGCUUAUAUUUUGUCUAUUUUCACAUGUUUUCAAAGGUUGCAUUGCAUUGAGCUCACAGAGCCACUGUACUAAGAUAUCAAAUUGGCUAACUUGAAUGAAAUGCAUUUCAAAAGUGUUAAUGACCUAUUUGGUUUUAAUAUUGUAGGUUCAAAAACUAUUAAUAAUCAAAGUCUGUCAAUCUUUUAAAAUAUUUAUAUUGAUAAACAGCUUAAUAUUGUAGCUUGUUAAACUGUACUGCAGGUGCAGUGAUGUUCCUAAAAGACAUUCCACCCUAGAAUUUCAUGAGCUAGUCUCAUUUCACGAUCACUUUUCAUAUAUGGAAUGGUGAUUUUGAUGCUGCAUCCUAAACGCUUGUUUGAAUGAACAUAUCGAGGGUUUGUCCAGAAAGGGAGUGUCUGUGUCUGUGUCGUGUUACCUAAAAAAGAACCUAUAGUUGCGUUUAAGUGAAUAAUUAUGUUUGUAACUGAAACACAGAUGAUAACAAAUGAGGGAAAGCCCAGAAUAUGUGGGUGAAAAUUGCUGUAAAAAUGUUCAACAAUAUCUAUUGGUUUUAUAUCAUACCUAGUCUCAGAGAGGGGAGGAAGACGCAUGAGGUUUAUGAUGUGCUGUAAAUUGCCACCGUAAUUUUGUCCUAAACCCUUCCUGUAAUUUACUUGAUUACUGUAUGUGCACUCUACUUUCAUUUCAUGGUUUUACUUGUUGGUUUUAUUCUGUAUAUAAGAACUAUUCUCUUAAUUGGUACAUAUGUCAAUGUCUCAGAUGAUCCUUUAAAUGUGUUCGUCAUCAUUUUCUGUUACCUGCUGUUCUGUCAUGUCAAUCAGGUUGUUUCUCACUUAAUUUGAAACCUAAAUUGUUUUUAUUUUUUAUAAUGAUUAAGUGCUGAUAUCACUAUUUGGAGUUUCAUAAAUGCGCUUGAACAAAAGUGUUAAUGCUGGAAAAACUGUUACACUUGAAUUGCUGCUGUGUGCUGGAAAAAAAUCAACAGGAUAAAAGUGAAUUUGUGUUGAUGCUGAUUUUCAUAUAAAAACUACUGUAAUUUGGAA